UUGAGCGGUUCAGGCAUUAAACACCCAGCUUUCGCAGCUCGGAAAUCAUUCUGAGAAUGGCUUCCAUCUCUCUUUCUCGUUUCACUCUGGGCUUUUCAGGCCUCAACAACCCAUCCAUACAAAAACCCAGUAAUGAGCUUAGGAUGUUUACUCAUGUGUUUCCAAAGCCAAGCAGAAGAAGGCUGGAUUUAAUUGUUAGCAAGGCUUCAAUCACUGCACAACCUACUGAGAGGCGCAGAAAUAAUCAUCAUCCCAACUUGUGGGAUGAUAAUUUCAUAAACUCCCUUCCAAGAGCUUACGAGGGUCCUUGUUAUGUAGAACGCGCAAAGACACUGAUUAGAGAAGUGAAGGAGAUAUUUAAUGGGAUGUCGACUCAAAAUUCUUCUGUCCACGAACGCCUUUCAAUGGUGGACAAAGUUGAACGCCUUGGGAUCGAUCGGCAUUUCCAAAAGGAAAUAAAGGAGGCUCUUGAUUAUGUUUACAGGUAUUGGAAUGACAAAGGCAUUGCAAAUGGUGAAGGAGGUGCUUGCCCGGAUCUGAACACCACAGCCUUGGCACUUCGAAUUCUUCGUCUGCACAGAUACGACGUCUCUUCAGGUGUAUUGGAGAAUUUUAAAGGAAAAGAUGGUCAGUUCUUGAGCUCAUAUAGUCAAUCAAACAAAGAAAUAAAGACAAUUCUAAAUUUAUUUCAGGUUUCACUUAUUGCAUUUCAUGGAGAGAAAAUCAUGGAAGAGGCUAAAGCCUUUGCAACUAGAUAUUUAGAGCAAGUUCUCCCAAAGAUCAAUGGUUCUAAUCUUUCACGAGAGAUAGAAUUUAAUCUACACUAUGGUUGGCACACCAACGUGCCUAGAUUGGAAGCAAGGAAUUAUAUUGACAUAUAUGGAGCUGAAACUUCAUGGAUGACAUGUGAGAGCAACAAGAAGAUUUUAGAUCUAGCAAAGUUAGACUUCAAUAUGGUGCAAUCCAUGCAACAACGAGAACUUCAAAUACUUGCAAAGUGGUGGAAGGAGUCAGGUGUUCACCAGCUAACAUUUGCUCGAAACCGAUAUGUUGAAUUUUAUUUCUGGGCCGUAGGAGGGAGUGUAGAGCCAAAGGAUUCUGCUUUUAGAAUUGGAUUUGCAAAAAUUGGUUCUCUUGUAAUAGUUAUUGAUGAUAUAUAUGACACGUAUGGGACAUUAGAUGAACUCAAAAUCUUCGCAGAGGCCAUUGAAAGAUGGGAUCCAAGCUCCAUAGAUGGACUUCCUGAAUAUAUGAAAGUUGUGUUCAUCAUGUUUUAUAAUAUGGUGAAUGAAAUAACACAAGAGAUAAUCAAAACCCAAGGACGAGACACACUUGAUUAUGCUAGAAAUGCUUGGAAUAUUUUCAUCAAUUCUUACUUGCAAGAAGCGAAGUGGCUAGCUGCUGGUUAUAUACCAACUUUUGAGGAGUACAUGGAGAAUGGGAAAAUUAGUGGUGGUGCUAGAAUACUUAUCUUGCAACCUGUGUUAACAUUGGACACACUUCUUCCUCAGAACCUACUUCCAAAAUUUGAUUUUCCCUCAAGGUUCCUUGAUAUUAUGGGACACACAUUUCGGUUAAGCAAUGAUAUUAAUACUUUCAAGGUUGAAGCUACUAGGGGUGAGGAAGCUUCUUGUGUAAGAUGCUAUAUGAGAGAUAAUCCUAAUUCAACAGAAGAAGAAGCUUUGGAUUAUCUUAAUUCCUUCCAAGAUGAAUUAUUGAAAGAACUGAUGUGGGAAUAUUUGAAAAAGGACGGUGUACCGACAUACUCUAAAGAUCAUGCAGUUUCCUUGUCAAGAGGAAUUCAACUCUUUUACAAAGAGGGAGAUGGAUUUAGUGCUGCCACUAGAGAUAUAAGAGACCAUAUUUGGAAAACUUUGGUUCAACAUAUUACAAUGUGAUUUUGGGAUAUUGUUGAUUAAGUUGUGAGUUGUUGAAAGCUAUAUUAAAUAAGCUAAUAAUCUAUGUUAGUAUGAAUAUUCUUGGCCACUUACUAUAUAUGUAUUGUGUACUAAGUGAUGAUAAUAUGAAUUUUAUUAUGCUAGA